AUGGCCUCCAUAACGGGCCUCCGCCUGACCACAAAAUUACUACAUAGACCCCUGGCAACACACGCCGCCCAGCUACACCCCACCUUCUGCCAGCUCCUCCGCCCCACCCCUGCCCAUCUCGAAUGGCGCUAUUACUCUCAGCAACGGCCGACCAGUAAACGUAAAGAAGAUGAGAACGAAAACAUAGAGGAUAAAGGCACUCCUGCGCCUUCACCAAUCCCCAUACAUCCCCCAGCCGCCAUCAGCCUGCCGUCCGCUACGGCCGCUGUGACUACAUCUCAGUCUUCAAGCGGCGGUAAAGACCCCAAACCCGAUGCCUCGUCUAUCCUUAAACUCUUGUCUCUCGCCAAGCCUCAAUGGAGGCUGCUAUCUACGGGUGUCGUAUUCCUCUCGGUCUCUACUGCUGUCAAUCUGUCCAUCCCAUGGGCAAUCGGACGUAUCAUCGAUUUCUUUGCGCCCGGCUCGGAGGCUACGCUGCUAUUCGGCUUGCCUCUGGAACAGGCUACGGGUGCUUUGGCCGUUGUCUUGUUGAUUGGUGCUGCUGCAAACUCUGGAAGAAGUAUCUGUCUGAGACUUGCCGGUCAGCGUACCGUCGCUAGCAUCAGGAACCAGACCUACGGAAAAUACCUCUCCAUGCCUCCCUCCCAUAUCGAACAAGCCGGGGUCGGAGACGCCCUCUCCCGUCUUGGUCAAGACACGUCUAUUGUCGGUCAAUCGCUCAGUGAAAACCUCGGUGAAGGCUUGAAAGCAAUCCUUGGUGCUGGUGCCGGUAUCGGUGCCAUGUACCUCAUCUCGCCUACCCUCACCUAUGUUAUGCUUUGCAUUAUCCCUCCCAUCGCCAUUGGUACCUUCUUCUACGGCAGAUUCAUCCGAAAACUGUCGCUGAAGACCCAGGAGGCUAUGGGAGGUAUGAGCAAGCUGGCUGAGGAACGUCUUUCUGCUCACCGUACUAUCACUGCUAGCAACACCCAACCCAGCGAAAGCGGUCUUUAUGCCACCAAGGUUGAUGGUGUCUACGGCCUUCAAAAGAAGGAGACUUUUGCCAACGGUCUCUUCCAAGGUGCCAAUGAGGUUGCUGGAGAUAUCGGAAUGAUUGGUCUUCUUAUCUACGGAGGUGUUCUUGUGAAGCGAGGCGAAAUUACUGUUGGUGAUAUGACAUCGCUCUUUAUCUAUGUGAAUUGGAUUGAGUGGAGUUUGAACACCCUUGCCGGAUUCUUCACUGGUUUGAUGAAGGGUGUUGGUGCUUCCCAACGUAUCAUUGGUCUUCACGCGCUUCCCUCUCCUAUCCCCCUAUCGAUCGGCCAAGAUCUUCCCAAGUCCAAUGUCGGUUCUAUCGAGCUGCGCAAUGUCGAAUUCGCCUACCCCUCUCGCCCAGACACCAAGGUCCUUGAUGGUCUGAACUUGAGGAUCGACAAGGGCGAGCGAAUUGCUUUGGUCGGCGGCUCCGGUUCUGGUAAAUCCUCCAUCCAACUCUUGUUGCUCCGUUUCUACGACCCCACCUCUGGAUCUGUUCUCUUCUCCAAUAAAGACAUUCGUUCAUACGUUCCCGAAUCUUGGCGUUCCAGGAUCGGUGUCGUUCAACAGGAUCCUAUUCUGUUUGGUGGAACCAUUGAGGAAAACAUCGCGUAUGGACACGUUGGCGCUACAAGGGAAGAUGUGAAGAAGGCUGCUGCUGUCGCCCACUGUGAUUUCAUUGAGAAGCUUCCUCAGGGAUACGCUACCAUGAUCACAAAGAACUCUUUGUCUGGAGGCCAGCGUCAACGAAUUGCCAUUGCCCGAGCCCUUGUCGGCAAUCCCUCUGUUUUGCUCAUGGACGAAGCCACCUCAGCUUUGGACUCCGAGUCUGAGCGCGCGGUCAAUGCUGCACUCAACGACCUAUUCGCCAACUCUGAUAUCACCGUGAUUCUCAUCGCGCACCGUCUCUCUUCUAUUGCUUCUGCCGAUCGAGUCGUGCUGCUUGAAGGUGGCAAGGUCACCGAGGACGGCACCUUCAACGGUCUCAUAACCAAGAAGGACGGCAAAUUCAGAAAGAUGGUCGAAGGACAGUUGGCUAGGGUUCAAGUCGGUGAGCCGGAGAAAUCACCGGAUCCUGAAGAAGAGGAACAGCACAAGAUUGAAGAGGGAAAAGAGCAGAAGGAGCAGGAGAAUGAGAAGCAGUCGAAGGAGAAGGCUGGCGUAAAAGCUGCCCCUACGACUUCUUCACCCUUUUCCCAGGGUGGCCAGAAGCGUCAGGCGCACACCCUCGCUCGCCGAGCUCACUCUGAGCCCCGACCUUUCUUCUCUGCCCACCCCAAUCCUCUCUCCAGUCCUAUCAAGACAGUCUACGAUGCCGCCAAUGCGCCUGUCCCUUCUUUUCCCGACCUGGGAUUACCCUCCAUCUCUGGGCCUGGUGCACCCAUCAGCGCCUACAAGCCUUUGCCACCCAUGACCUGGAAGAGGCUUGUUGGCGUUUACUCUGCCUUGUCAAAGAGGAAUCUCACCAUCCUGAUGACCUUGACUGCUACGACUGGUCUUGCGCUCUCUCCUCUGCCUUUGAGCAUACCCCUGCUGCUCAACUUGACUAUUGGUACUCUGCUUACAUCUGCUGCUGCCAAUACUUUCAACCAGAUCCUUGAAUCGCCCAUUGAUGCCCAGACCCCGCGAACCCGGGUGAGGCCGCUUGUCACUCGACGAGUGUCAUCCUUCCACGCGGCCAUGUUUGGUCUCAUCUGCACAGUUGUCGGCGGCACCGUUCUUUGGUACGGGUGCAACCCCACCACCGCUGCUUUGGGCAUUGGCAAUCUCUUGCUGUAUGCCGCUGUCUACACUCCCAUGAAGCGUUUCUCUGUCGCCAACACCUGGGUCGGUGCGGUCGUCGGUGGUAUCACACCUCUGAUGGGCUGGACUGCCGCUGGUGGUUCGCUCUGGCCCACGGCCGAACAACCUCUCCUCUGGCACACACCUGGCUCCGACCUGCCAGACUCGCCCAACCCUCUCAUUCCUCUCACCCUCUUUUGCCUCCUCUUUUCCUGGCAGUUCCCCCACUUCAACGCCUUAUCCCAUAUGAUCAGGCCCUUUUACGCUUUAUCAGGCUACCCCAUGCUGUCGGUCCUCUCCCCAAGACUCAACGCUCUUGUUUCGUUGCGCCACGCCAUUCUCCUUGUGCCUUUCACCGCCGUCCUCGCGCCUCUGUCUGGAUGCGUUGACUGGUCAUUCGCCCUGACGAGCGCGUUACCGAAUGCUAUCUUUGUCAGGGACGCUUGGAAAUUCUACAAGCAAACGAAUGAAGUGAGGGCAAAGAGGGUGUUCUUUGUGAGCUUGUGGUAUCUGCCGGUGGUGUUGGGGUUGAUGUUGCUGCAUAAGAAUGCGGCACAGUGGUUCCAGAACUUGUGGGGUAGCAAGAAGGAAAUAGAAGAAAAGGCAGAGCUUGUGGUUGAAGAAAGAAGAUGA